GGAUGAUCCUUAUGCAACAUCGCAAAGUUUCCCGACGGGAUAUAUUUGCGAUAUUUGCCAGACAUUUUGUUGUUUCAAUAUUUGGACUACUAACUCAUUCUACUCUUCUUGCUGCCAUGUACAAUAUACUGCUGCAUGCACCGCAGGGUUUUUGUUGCAAACAUUCGUUACGCCAUCCAGGUGUCCCCGUGGAUAAUAUAUGUCUGCCCAUCCAGGUUGACGAUUUUAGUGAAGCAUCAUCUCUCCAUCUCUCCAUAUCUCGGCGCAAUUUGUCACACAAUUACUCAUAUAGAUUGUACAAUGCUUGUAUAAUGCGGUGAACAGAAACAAAAGGAUCUAGGGAGAAAGAAGGACAAAAAAACUUUAUAUGGAUUCGGCGAAAUUCAUCCAUCAGAUGUCGCGAUUAGGUGCUACGUAAGGUAUGGGUACCUACCAUACCGGCAAUGUGUGGUUUUAAGAUAUCAUAUUUUGGGGGUGGAAUGAUUCUUGUACAGGAUAUCCUUGCUUAUACAGGAAUGGUUUCUCUGAUUGGCCCAAUAUAUUAUUGUAA